CCUUAGUAGCCUUUUCGGACCAUUUCAAAUUUAAUUUGCAUCAUUCUCUGGGCAUUUCCAAACAUUCCAAACUAAACAUUACCUACGAUGAACAGAUGUUAAUUACCACGAAAACUACACUUGGAGAGACAAUACACAAACAGAGCCCGUCCCGAAUUUUAUCAAAAUUGUAAAAAUAAAUACAACCGACGCGGUUUGCGCUAGGAGGCCUUCCUCCGGGCCGCCCAGGGCUGAGCCUCAGCUCUAAGCGAUUCGAGUAGCUAUCUGAGUUAGCUGUCAAAUCGAUCCUGGAGAAGCUGCCCUGAAAACACAAAUCUUAGCUUGUUUGAAAGUUAAAUGUAAAGUACAGCGCCCAUUCAAGCUUAACUCGUUCUGCGCAGCAUGUCUACCGCCGAGGAUAACGACACCGACAGCAACAGUAACAACAAGGCCGACGACAUUGAACGGAAUGUGGGUGGUGCCGAGACCCCGCUCCCUGCCGAACUGGUACCCCCACCGCCGCCGAUCACUCCCCAGCCCAGUCCAAGAUCCUUAGACAAACGCCUCAAUCCGAACGCCCCGGUAUUUAUACCGCAGUGCAAGGCCGAAGUGCUGGCCGCCAAGCUUUUCGAUAGUUUGGGACCCUACACCCGUUGGAGCACGGCCUCAUCGGAGGACAUAUCCUAUGGACCGCGUUUCGAUUCCAUUUGGCGGGAGUUCAGCGUGGAACAGCUGCACUCAAUCGAUCCCGUCUUUGAUGGCGACUCCAACGAGGAGAUGGUUGACCUUGAGCUGGACGAGCAUCAGGCUAUGAAUAUAGGAGCCGAGUCAUAUGACCCCAAGCUGAGCAGGAGUGCAAGCAACCCAAUGGCCCAUUCUGAUGUAGAGGUGGUCAUUGAUAUCGUGGGAGAUGUGCAGCCACAAUUGGAGCAGUCGCAGGAUCAGACACCGGCGGAGGAACGAAACUAUAGCGGCAAGCCAUUACAGCCACGCUACGCCAAAAUAGGUAGACGAUGCUGUAUUAUUAUGUAGGAUCCACAAAGUUACGAUGUUCAUUUUCAUUCAAUUUGUAUUUACACAUUAAAUUGUUCCAUUACACUUUAA